CUGUACCCGCCCCUUGGCUUCCUCCCGCUGGCUGACUUCUACUACUCAUUUCCAAUGGCGGCGGUGAUGGCGACCGCUCGCGGAUUUCGCGGCCUGCUGAUGCGACGACUGACAGCUCCCUUCAGCCCCAGCCCGCGCCCCUUGGGCACGUCGGCUCAGGAGGGGCAGCCCUCCGCGGCCCCCGGCGAAGCCCCAGACCACAGCUACGAGUCCCUCCGGGUGACUGCCACCCAAAAGCACAUCCUGCAUGUGCAGCUCAACCGGCCUGACAAGAUGAAUGCCAUGAACAAGGCCUUCUGGAGGGAGAUGGUGGAGUGCUUCAACAAGAUAGCGCGGGACACCGAGUGCCGGGCGGUGGUCAUCUCAGGGGCAGGGAAAAUCUUCUCAGCAGGCCUCGACGUCAUGGACUUCGCGUCGGAUGCCUGGCAGCCGGAUGGAGAUGAUGUGGCCCGCAUCAGCUGGCACUUCCACGACCUCAUCCGCAGGUACCAGGAGGCCUUCAACGUCAUUGAGAAGUGCCCCAAACCUGUCAUUGCCGCCAUCCAUGGGGGCUGCAUUGGUGGAGGUGUGGACCUUGUCACAGCCUGUGACAUCCGCUAUUGCGCCCAGGAUGCCUUCUUCCAGGUGAAGGAGGUGAAUGUGGGCUUGGCUGCUGAUGUGGGGACGCUGCAGCGGCUGCCCAAGGUCAUCGGGAACCAGAGUCUGGUCAACGAGCUGGCCUUCACCGCCCGCAAGAUGAUGGCUGACGAAGCCCUGAGCAGCGGGCUGGUCAGCCGGGUGUUCCCGGACAAGGAGACCAUGCUGGACGCAGCCUUUGCCCUGGCGGCUGAGAUUUCCAGCAAGAGCCCUGUGGCGGUGCAGGGCACCAAGAUCAACCUGGUCUACUCCCGGGACCACUCGGUGGCCGAAGCCCUCAACUACAUGGCGUCCUGGAACAUGAGCAUGCUGCAGACCCAAGACAUCCCCAAGUCUGUGCAGGCCAUGAUGGAGAAGAAGGAUCUUAAGAGCGUUACCUUCUCCAAGCUCUGAGAGCCCUGGCGCGGGAGAGCAGGUGAGGAGGCAUGCCGGGACUCCGGGCUGCCUCCCCCGACUCUCCCACUGUGUGACUUGAGGGGACUCGGGCCCUAGCCUUAUCUUCACUGCGCCUGCAAUAAAGGGAGCAUUGAACAGAA